GGCCCCGCCCCUCACGGUGAACACGUACUGACGCUUUUCCACGUCGCAGUUCUGUCUCACAGGCGAGCUCCCUGCGUAUGUAUGCGUGUCUCCAGCUAGGCCAGAGAGUGAUGGCGGCGCCCGUCCUAAGAGUGUCCACCCCUCGGUGGGAAAGAAUAGCUAGGCUUCUCGUUUGCCUUUUAGGCAUACUGUUGUCUCUAUAUGCCUUUCACGUCGAGAGGGAAAAGGCUCGGGAUCCGAGUUAUAAGGCUAUGUGCGACGUCAGCAGCUCCAUCAGCUGUUCAAAAGUGUUCAGCUCAAGGUGGGGUCGAGGAUUCGGACUCUUGGGCUCAAUUUUUGGAAAUGACAGCGCACUGAACCAGCCGAACAGUGUCUACGGGAUUGUCUUUUAUGCCUUUCAGCUUCUACUAGGAAUGACUGUCAGUGCAAUGGCCGCCCUCAUUCUCAUGACGACAUCCAUCUUGUCGGUGGUGGGCUCGCUCUACCUGGGCUACAUCCUCUACUUUGUCCUAAAGGACUUCUGCGUCAUCUGCAUCACCACAUAUGCGCUGAACUUCAUUCUCUUUAUUCUCAACUACAAGCGACUGGUUUACUUGAACGAGGCCUGGAAGCAGCAGCUGCAGGCCAAGCAGGACUAAGCUGUCGAGAACGGCAAGAAAAAUCCGAUAAACAAACAAACAAACGACGACGAAAAAAAAAAAGAAAUGUGACCUCUGAACAUUUGACUUGCCACCAGGAGACCUUGCUUCCAAAACAAUGUUUAUUCUGCUGUGUGUUUAAAAAGAAAAAAAAAAUGAAGAAAUUUAACUUAAAUGUUGGGCCUGACAUCUCAAUGUUGCAAACACGGAAGGAUUCCUAAGUGGAAAGCUGAUUUUUCUUUUAAUUUCGUUUUCCUUGUUUAACAUUGUACUCACUUAAGGAAGGGGCUGGCUGUGUGUGCGCGUGGGGGAAAACGCAUCGGGCCGAGCAAGCAGAGGCAGAGCGAAGGAGGACGGCUCUCUUUUUGAACAAAAAAAAAAAAAAGGAUCGCAGAACGGAAGACAAAACAGGACAUUAAAGGGGUUUACUUGAAAUGGUUAGAGAGGUCCUAAUACUGCACAGCGGAUCUGCACUAAAACUCGGAACCGAAUAAUGGCUCCCAAAAUUAGAAGAAGAAGAAAAAAAACACUCAUUAGAUCAUCUUACAGUUUGCAGAUGAGGUUCUAUGGCGGGGAUGGGGUGGGGGGAGGGGCAGAACGAUUAACAUUUAUACAGAGUAGGUUUUUUUUUUUUCCAUGUUUACACUUCGUAGAGGGUUUCUUUGUGAAGAGGACCACUAAAAAUUAAACGGGACAAUGUGAGAUAUUGUGUGUAGAUCUUUUUUUUUUUUUUUUGCAAUUCUGUAAAUAGCUGCUGAGCAAUAUUCCAGGCUAGAUUGUGAUUUAGUGUUGACACAAAACCUUUAAGACAAAAAAACAAACAGCAUUUUUAAAAAGCGGGAGAUAAAACAUUAGUCAAUCUGGAACAAAAACAUCGAUCGAGGUCACAGUGUGGUGGUGGUGGAGGAGGAGGAGGAGACGUGCUGAAGAUGUGCUCGGGACAUCUUCCGUCCUGUAAUCCUGGUGAGGCGUGCAGUUCAGAGUUGUGUGGAUUUCUUUCUUGUACGUGGUUAUCGUCUCAUCCGGGAGCCACCGACACAAGUCUUUUAAAAAGCAGAACUGUAGGUUCUUUUCACCGAGUUUGCAUACAGGCACCCUCACUCUUUAUUUUUUGUGUUAUUCUGUGAAAAGCAUUCCUGACCACCAGUCAAGUGGGAUCCAUAAAGACUUAUGUGCCUAAAGGAGUGUUUAAGGUGAAUUACCUUUCUUUUCUGUCUUUUUUUUUAUUUUUUUUUUUUAUGUUUUGGGUGUGGGAGGGUGGGGGUUAAUGUCAUGUCAACGUACGUUUUGCUCGUUGUUUUAUUGUCACAGGUCCGAGGCUUUAUUUUUAUGAUCACAGUUUUGUAAAUUAAGAUACCAGUGAAGUGUUUCUCCCUCCCUAAUAGUCUCAUGAGGUAGCGAAGGCUGCUGCACUGUGAUUGUCUGCUCAAGGGGUAGAGCGGCCUGGUGGCAGGAGCAGCCUCUUAUCUUCGCCAUUGCAGUUGCGUUAAAUGCUCACCUGGCUUUCGUUCGCUGUCCGGCAGCCCUGCAUACAUUUGAUGUCAUUUGAACGGUAGCGGUGAUCUUGCCAAGCUGAGUUACGGUUCAUUUGCAGGAUGUGAACAAAACUUGUAAGAAUGUCUUAAAGCUUUGUUGACACGAGUCUAAAAAACUCAACAAAAAAAAGUGUAAGAUUCUGUAAGGAAACAAAACAAUAUGUUAAGCCAUAUGUGGAGUUUUUUUUUUUUGUUGUGUGGGCUGUUUGUAGACAGGAUGGAUAUCCAGGUUGCUGAUGGUUUUUUAAGAUGAACAGAUUCAGACGGUGAAGCUGAGCUAGCAGAGCAUGGUUUGUACAGAGACAGAUCACAGUAUGGGUUAGAGCAGCCACGGCUUGUUGUGGCUUUGCUUGCAAAUCCAUAGCAUUGCCAGUUCAGUUCAGCACCGAGCGACAGACCGGGACAGUUGUCUCUCUUCCAACCAGAAUCCACUGAUUGAAGCAUCCUACCCAUCAUACGCAUGGUACACUAUCUCCUGGCUAUAAGCAUAUGUUGGCCAUCGGACAAUCUUAGACACAGUGUCGAAGAUGUAGACCAGUCGUAGUAAUAACUGUAAUAAUGUGAUUCAUCUGUGGUGUUGAACCAGUUUGUUAAUAGUUUCCAUCACUGCUAGUCUCCACGGCCCCUCACAUUUACAACAUUCAAGUUCUCCUUGACAUUUUCUUUGUUUUUGGGGUUGUCUCAAAGUAUUGAAUGUCAUUUCAGUGACAUGCUUCUCGUGAUAACACAGUGUCAUCGAUUGCGUAUGAAAAUGGAAAUUGAGUUUUUCUUUCCCAGGAUAUUUUCCAAGUGAAACCGUUGUCUGUUCAUGCACGUUGUAACCCAUUUUACUACUUGUCAUUUAUAGGCUGUGUUACAUCACUGUUGGCCAUUUUCCAAAGCAUCACAAAUGUUAUAUAUUUGAAAUACUUUUUUCCAGUCAUUUUACUAAGGAUAUACACUUUAGGAGACACUUCCAUCACUUAAUCCAUCACUGUGAAGAUUAUACAUACUGUCCGCUAUGUCAGUAUCUAUCAAAACAUCUAUUCAAAAUAGGGUUGUCGCAAUAUCGCGAUUUUCAUGAUAGCCAUGACAUUAAAAAAACAAAGUGUUGAUGUUGUGUUACUAAUACACACAUGAUAUUGUCUGAAUGAUCCAGCGAAGAUGUUUGGCCCUCAGCUGGCGUUCAUCUGGUUGCCUUCUCACUAAUAAUUGAGUACUUAUCUCUCCACCUCCCUCUGCUCGUAUUUUGACAGUAAUUUAUUUGCCAGAAACGAGACGAAUCACGGUCAACACAGUUGACUUGAUUGCAAGCAUUUAUUAAGCAUUAUUACUUAAAUAUCUAUAGAUAUCACGAUAAAAUGGUUAUCGGGAAUUGGUUUGACUAUGAUAACUGUGUUCUGGCAUCAUGACAGGCAUAAGGUAGAUCAAUUCACCAAAGCCAGAGAUGUCCCCUUUUUUUCCUUCAACACAAGUAGCUGCUAAUAAAACCUUGCGCUGGGAGCCUCAAGCAGAGAUGACACCCCGACUGACACUGAGAGAUGUUUCAGAUCGUUGCCAGCCGAUUUUCAUGCCAUACAGAAAAAGAAUGUGCUGCCUGGGAGAUAAACCCUCCCGAAACACUAUGGUUUGCUUUGAAAAAUGGUUCGCCGUGAUGUUUCAUCGAUGUGACUAGCGGUAAAACUGGUAAAACACGCAAGCUCCAGUCCAUAUGUGGUCCACCUUUAGAAUGUUUUUAUGUGUUUGCAUCAUUUCUUAGUAAGUCAUCUUUCAGAUCUUGCUUCAUACAGUAUUGCCUUGUCUGGCUUACAUCAUGUUCUUAUUCAUCUCAGCUCUGAGUGUUUCAGAUUAACAACCACACUGUUUUGUCUUUGUCCUUUUUUUUGUUUUUUUCUUGGAAAGCCUGUGCACUCACAUAUGAGACAAGUCUCCUUUGGAAUCAUUCACACGGGACAUUUAAAGAAAAAAAAAAGUUAAAGUCGAACUGACAUAAUGUGCUAGUUACUGUGGUAACAGCUGUGUGUCCUGUGUGUACUGAUGAUAUAACUGACAAGUGUACAGUAGGUGUCCAGUCAUAUGCAAGCCUAUUACACUAGUUGAGUGCAGUUACUUUAAAGAAAAUGUCAAAGGAAUUUGGACAAUGUGUCAAGUUUGAAGUCUUUGGCUGGUAAAAGGAUCACUAUGUUGUGUGAUGAUUUCAUGUCAAAAAGAAGGUCAAAAGAACGAACGAUACUGCAUUCUCAUUAAUAUUCAUUUAGGCCCUGAGGUAUAACUGCCAUGUUAGUUGCAUCACCAAUGCCAACAAAAGUGCCUUCUGUUUGAUCACUAGGCCUUGAGCCAAAGACGAGCAACAGUAAUCGCCUUGCAAAAUGAAGAAUGGUAUCUAUAACAGGCACUCCUGCUUGCCUUCCUUAAAAUGUAAUCUGAUAAAUUUGGUAAUUCCCAAAGAUUUGAUCUGACCAGUGCAAAAGUCCAUUCAGAAAUAGCCAAACAAAAAUGCCCUGUCAAAUCAAUGGCCGUUCCUUUUCUCCUUCCUGAACUCCACUAUAUAAUUAUCAUCUUUAUUUUGUCUAGCUAGGACAUGUUUGUUAGCUGAGAAUACACUCUUGUUUAAACUACAUGAUUGUAAUGUUCUUUUUCAUCAUUAAUUAUGCCCUUUAGCUGUAUAGACUGUUAACAUUCUGGGUUGUUUUAGUUAAAAAAAAAACAAAUAAAAGUUGAGGGGUUGGAGGGCUAGGAAUCCAUGUGUCAGCAUAAAAUGAUUACUACAUUUCUUUGUGGAGGAAAACUUACUGGGUUUGCUUCUGUAUUGCCAAAUAUGUUUUAAAAUGCUGUAUUUUCUUACAUGGAAAAGUGUUACAUGAAUGGUAGGAGGGUUCAAAAAAGAAAAAAAUAAUCGGUUUAAAAUCCAGCUUACUUUAAGGGAAAACUGUGGAAAAAGGUUGACAUGAGAACAUUUUUAAUUGUGUCAUUGUCAUGUGGAAAUGAUCUACCAUUAAAACAUUCCCUCUGAAACAACCUGUCACUUCAAGUUAUUUGAAUCAAAUGAAAUGCUGUCAAGGAUGUGGUUAGUGACUGAAGUGACUGCUAAAUUCCUAAUGAGUGAGGGAAGUUACAAAAUCUGUCCUCUUGUUUUUGUUUUUUUUUAAAGCAACACUAUGUAGAAUUUUCACAGUUUGUGAGUGCAUCACCGCUGUCAUAAAUACAAAUCCCAGGUCUGUAACAACUUGUCAGAUGUAAUGUAGGUGCUGUCUACGAGAAAAAACUCUUUACGUUAUAAUAAUGCUAUGUGUUGAAAACUUGUACGUUGAAGUAAACAUGUAUGUAACGCUGUGAUCCUACCCCUCGCGCUGAAGUUACAUAGUGCAGAAACAAGUGACGGGGGGGGGGCGAAGUGGCUGAGACAGACACACCAUUCACCCUAUUACAAGACACUGUUCCAUCAACAUGAUUUAUAAGCUGUUCAUUUAAGGUGAAAAGUUACAUAAUGUUGCUUUUAAGGUUGAGAUCCAGUAACAAUAAAAUGUUUUGGUCUGAU